GAAACAGUUUGCGAACAGCGUUCGCUGGAUUAUCUUUUCCAACUCCCUCUUCCUAUGAAAUCGAACAUGCUCGCUCGAUAAAAAGAAUCAGAUACGACAGUCGGUGAAGUCUAGUGAAACGUUUGACAGCAAUGUCAUCGCUUAGGACGUACCGCAUAAUUUUCGAGAAGCCGGGUGCCGUAUACAUGACCGGUGAAGUGAUAAGAGGAACCAUUAUCUUGGACACUGCGAAGGUCAAAACCAUCAGAGGAAUCUAUAUCAUUGCCAAGGGGUCAGCUUUUGUUCGAUGGACGGAAAGAGAAACGAGAAGCGGUUCUAAUGGAAAAAGUGAAACUGUCACAAAUAUCUACAGGGCUUCUCAGCAAUACUUUUACAUAAGAGGCGAAAUACUGGAACCACGUGGACCGGAUUCGAGAAUAGUUCUCCCAGAGGGGUGCCAGCAAUACCAGUUCCAGUUCCAACUACCCUCUAACAUCCCCAGCAGCUUCGAACACCGGCAUGGUUAUGUCAGAUACACGGUGAAAGCCAUAAUCGACAGGCCCUGGAAGUUCAAUCACGAAUGCAAGAUCGCAUUCACCGUUGUCUCCGUUCUCGAUCUGAACAUGCACCGACACAGAUGCUUGGGAAUCCACGAAGAAAUUCAGAAGAACUUCUCCUGCUGCUGCUUCGGUCUGGGCUCGAUGAACACAAGCAUCCGGGUGCCUUCCUCUGGGUACGUUUCAGGUCAGAUGAUAAGCGCGUCGGUGAAUUACAAGAAUGCUUCUUCCCAAGUUGGUAUAAGGAAGAUCGAACUGAAAUUGGAACGAGUGCUCAAGCUUCAUGCGACAACCAAAACGAAGACCGAAUACUUCAAAAUUAUAUCCUCUUCGCAUACAGGACCUUUUACGCCGGAAGGAGUCAUUACUCUGGAAAUAAGGGUACCGCCGAUUCCGCCAUCCCACCAACCGUUUUGUAGUAUUAUUGAUUUGGAUUACUACUUGAAGGUGGUUGUCUACUUCACGGGCACGCACCUCAAACUUCAGAGAAGUUACCCCCUCCUAAUCGGAACAAUUCCACUGUAUUGCGAGCCCAGUGCACCAGCUAUUCAGCAGAUGAAUGCCAUGCCAUAUCCCACGGAACAACCUGCAACAUCGAGUACAAUGUCAAUGCCAGAAACACCACAGCCUAGCACUACCACUACAAAAACACAACCAGCACAACUUGGCUUCGUCAUUCCCGACCAAGCUAAUUCUUCUGCAAACUGUAACAUACCUCCCCCAUCUUAUGAAGAGUGCAUGCUAGGAGCUCAGAACAUUCGAGAUGACGACGAGUCCGUCCACGUUCAAGGAACAAAUGCUCCUUUUCGACCCAAGUACCCUGUGUUCAACUAUCCAGCACCAAGUAAGUACUUUAUUAAAGAAGAAGCAUCGUUCCAUACAUUUUUGACCAGCUGUCACCAAAUGUCUUAUAUAUUAGUGGAUUUCCCUUUUAAUUGAAUGUUCUUUUCCAGGUGCGCCGUGAAUGAAGAAAUAGGAAAAAAGUUUUCGUCGAAAUUGCAGGAUACUCUGAACCACGAAUAUUUGAAUGAACGAGAUUAUUAUUUAUAUGAACUUAUAACUACAAGUGUGGCCUACUUAUACCUACUUAUACCUAUUUAUACAUCGAUAGACCUAUUAUUUCGGUGCAAAUUAGAUACAAUUUUAUAUACAAUUUUGUAUACAUAUACAAUCGUUUACGCAUAA